AUGAGCAGACAUUCGAAGAAGCUGGCUGUAGAGGCAUAUGAGGAAGCUGAAAAAGAGACGGAGAGGGAGUCGAGGGAGCCUCAAAAAAAGCCGGCUGGAAUGGACAAAGACCUCAUCAAGCAAUGGGUGGAGGAAGGCGUUUCAAAUUGCCUGAAAGAGUUGAUGCCUGCGAUAGUGGAACAAACUUUAUGUCAGGUCUUCCCCAUUGCCAUUAAUCGGGCAUUUGAUGAGGUUUUUAAAAUAUUGGAUGAUCGUGUUAUUUCGAGAGUUGGGGAUAAACUCGAGGUGGUUGAUAACGAGGCUAAGAGAGAAGCGAAGGAAGAAAAGAAGGAAGAGGAAGAAGGGAAGGAAGAGGAAAAGAAGGAUGAGGAGGAGGUAGAAGAGAAGGAGAACGAGUUCCGUACGACAAUGGCGUUCAUGUCUUUUCUCGGUAGACUGCUAUUUGUCUCUGUAUUCGCGCUCUCUGCUUUUCAAGAGUUCAAUGAAUUCGGAGCCGAUGGCAGGCCAGCAGCAAAGAACUUGAGGCAGAAUUUCAAUGUUUUUGAUAUGAAACAUUUGAUUUUGGCCGCUAUUGCCAUGAAAGCUGUCGGUAGCCUCCUGUUUGUCUUUGGCAGCUCUCUUGGAGCUUCAAUAUUGCUUUUGUAUCAAGCAAUCUCGGCACCCGUUUUGUACGACUUUUACAACUAUGAUGCAGACAAGGAGGAGUUCGUUCAGCUUUUUGUCAAGUUUAUACAGAGUCUGGCAUUGCUUGGGGGCCUGCUGUUCUUCAUUGGCAUGAAGAACUCAAUGGCCAGGAGGUUGCUAAAGAAGAAGGCUACUAAAGCCAAAGCAAAUUAAUUAAGAGGGUAUUUGUUGAUGAGUUACUAGAUGAUUUCUUACAGUUUUACCCCAUCAUUAUUUUGUAGAAUUUUAUACCUGCAAGUCUAUCACGCAUGCAUUGUUUCAUUUCUGCUUUUUAUUUGGCCCCAUUGUUUAAUUAUGCAGCCGUGGAUUUUGGUUCGAGUGUGAUGUUCUUGUUUGAUCUCGUAGAUGCCAUUCCUGGAAAUUUAGGUGGCCAUGAUUGCUCAAUCGCUUUCUUAUUUUUGUUUUUAGCUUUGCACAAUGAAUCUUGAUGUAUUUCAGCAUCAUUGAGUCAAUCUGCAUUUCAUAAUUGAGUUCACUUAUAUGUAUUAUAUAAAAAUCGAUCGUAGGUCCCAGUGGUCCACAAUUGAAGUUCAACAAGUUGUCUUUAGAGCAUCUCCAAUGACAUGUGGAUUGCUUUAUUUUGUUGUCACAUGCC